AGAGGCAGGCGCCGGCUGUCGUGUCCGCAGUCGUCCGGGAUGAGUCAUGUGGCGGAGGAAGACGAGCUCGGGCUGGACCAGCAGUUGGCCGGGCUGGACCUGAACUCUGCCCCGGACAGCCAGGGCGGCGGCGGCGCCACCAGCAAAGGGCGCUACAUCCCUCCUCACCUCCGCAACCGGGAGGCGGCGGCGGCGGCGGCGGCGAAGGCGGCCUACGACAAAGACGGCGGCGCACGGUGGAGUAAAGACAAGGACGCCUACAGCAGCUUCGGCUCCCGGAGCGACGCGAGGGCCAAGUCCGGCUUCUUCGGCGGCGACCGUGGGGCCGGCUCGAGGGGGAGGUUUGACUCGGACCGGGGGCCCCGGAGUGAGUACGAGGGCCCCGGCGGCCGCGGCGGGAGGAGCGGCUUCGGCAAGUUUGAACGCGGUGGCGGCAGCAGCCGCUGGUGCGACAAGGCGGACGAGGACGACUGGUCCAAGCCGCUGCCGCCCAGCGAGCGCCUGGAGCAGGAGCUCUUCUCCGGAGGCAACACGGGCAUCAACUUUGAGAAGUACGACGACAUCCCGGUCGAGGCGACGGGGAACAACUGCCCCCCGCACAUCGAAAGCUUCAGCGACGUGGAGAUGGGGGAGAUCAUCAUGGGCAACAUCGAGCUCACCCGCUACACGCGCCCGACCCCCGUGCAGAAGCACGCCAUCCCCAUCAUCAAGGAGAAGAGGGACUUGAUGGCUUGUGCCCAGACGGGGUCCGGGAAGACGGCGGCGUUUCUCUUGCCCAUCCUGAGUCAGAUCUACACGGACGGACCCGGCGAGGCCUUGCGGGCCGUGAAGGAGAACGGCAAGUACGGGCGUCGCAAACAGUACCCCAUCUCCCUGGUCCUGGCUCCGACCCGAGAACUGGCGGUGCAGAUCUACGAGGAGGCCAGGAAGUUCUCGUACCGCUCUCGGGUUCGCCCCUGUGUGGUGUACGGUGGCGCCGAUAUCGGUCAGCAGAUUCGAGAUCUGGAACGUGGAUGCCACUUGUUAGUUGCCACCCCGGGACGGCUGGUGGACAUGAUGGAGCGAGGGAAGAUCGGACUAGACUUCUGCAAAUACUUGGUGUUAGACGAAGCGGACCGGAUGUUGGACAUGGGCUUUGAGCCUCAGAUACGGAGAAUAGUUGAGCAAGACACCAUGCCUCCAAAAGGUGUCCGCCACACUAUGAUGUUUAGUGCCACUUUUCCCAAGGAAAUACAGAUGCUGGCUCGAGAUUUCUUGGAUGAAUAUAUCUUUCUGGCCGUAGGACGAGUCGGGUCUACUUCGGAGAACAUCACACAGAAAGUCGUGUGGGUAGAAGAAGCAGACAAGCGGUCGUUUCUGCUCGACCUCCUGAAUGCAACCGGAAAGGAUUCCCUGAUACUGGUGUUUGUGGAGACCAAAAAGGGUGCCGAUUCUCUGGAGGAUUUCUUAUACCAUGAAGGAUAUGCUUGUACCAGUAUCCAUGGAGAUCGAUCACAGCGAGACAGGGAAGAGGCCCUUCACCAAUUCCGAUCAGGAAAAAGUCCAAUUCUCGUGGCCACAGCAGUAGCGGCAAGAGGACUGGAUAUUUCCAAUGUGAAACAUGUCAUCAAUUUUGACUUGCCUAGUGACAUCGAAGAAUAUGUGCACCGAAUUGGUCGUACAGGUCGUGUUGGAAACCUUGGCCUUGCCACCUCGUUCUUCAAUGAGAGGAACAUAAAUAUUACCAAAGAUUUAUUGGAUCUUCUCGUUGAAGCUAAGCAAGAAGUGCCAUCUUGGCUAGAAAACAUGGCUUUUGAACACCAUUACAAGGGUGGCAGUCGUGGACGGUCCAAGAGCAGAUUUAGCGGAGGGUUUGGUGCCAGAGACUAUCGACAAAGUAGCGGUGCCAGCAGUUCCAGCUUCAGCAGCAGCCGGGCUAGCAACAGUCGCAGUGGCGGAGGCAGCCACGGCAGCAGCAGAGGGUUUGGUGGAGGUAGCUAUGGAGGCUUUUACAACAGUGAUGGAUAUGGAGGAAAUUAUAGCUCCCAGGGGGUAGACUGGUGGGGUAACUGAGCCUGUUUUGCCAUAGGUCACUCUACCAAAAAAUUAUGGCAACCACGUGUAACUUAGUCAGACUAUACCUUGUAUAGUUUCAAGAACUCACAGCACAUUGCCUCCUGUGAUUCCCCAUUGACUAUUUUUUAAGGGAGCUGAAAGUCACAAGAAAAGAUGAAAGGAGCAACCCAGAAGCCCCAUUCACAAGGUGGUUUGAAGACUUGAUUGUUGUAGUUUGGCUUAACUCUCCUCUUACCCCAUCCUACUCUGCAUUUAUAACUUCAGGACUAAGGAUCAUUUGUUUGUUAAUGUACUGUACCUUUAACUUUAGACAACUUUUAUUCUGAUGUCCCGUUGGCUCAGUAAUGCUUAAGAUAUCAAAUUGUUUUUAACAAAAUAAAUUUUCUGAACUUGGGCUAAGAAAACAAAUAAAAGGGACUGUCCUUGGUAGCACUCAUUAUUAGGUACUCUCAGGAAGGCAGGGAUGUGGCCCAGGAUGAAGGAUGGCAUUUGGAAAUGUAUAAAUUACAGCCCAGGGGUUCAAGAGCAGUUAUGGUUUGAAAUAUCUGUGUAUGUGUACAGUUCUAGUUGCAACUUAGCAUGACCAGGAAAUGGAAUACCGUUUUCCUUUUCCUGUGUACUUUAAAUAAUCCUUUGUUGGUGGUCAUCCUCAGUGACAUGUCAUGGCAGCUUCUGAGACACCAGUCAGCAUUCAUGCUUAGUACCACGAUGUAGAGGAUAUGAAUGGCUCUGAAUAAAUGGUAGCAGGAAACCAUAGAAGAAAUGGUCUAUAUUCUUUAAUUCAAGCAGGUUUUGGAAAGACAUGGGUAUUGAGUAACUAGAGAAUCACUUUCUCUUGUGGGAGGUGUGAAGAUAGAUAAGAAUGAGAUAUUUGACACUAAAGAACACAGAGAAAUAGUUCCUCAAUUUGAGCAGGCAUUGAUGGAAUUCCCAACUGUAAUGAUGGAAUUGCAAACAAAUGCAUGCCUGUUUUCAUUUCUACCCAUUUGUUGUAGAACUUCAUCAAUAAACCACUACAUCUCACAUGGGA